AUGUCUGAGAUCCAGCACGCGGCUCCGGACGAACCGGGCCGGUACGACCAGAUCUGUACCCGCGGCAGCAGCUGCUCCUCCCCGCCUGCCGUCCACACCAAGCCGCCCCCCUGCCCGGUGCACCGCAGCCCCCGCAGGAAGUGGCAGGUGUUCCCGGGGCGGAACCGGUUCUACUGCGACGGGAGGAUCAUGAUGGCGAGACAGACCGGGGUGUUCUACCUCACCCUGGUCCUCAUCCUGCUCACCAGCGGCCUCUUCUUCGCCUUCGACUGUCCCUUCCUGGCGACCCACCUGACCCCAGCCAUCCCGGCCGUUGGUGCCGUCCUCUUCGUUUUCGUGAUGGGAAUGCUGUUCAGGGCGAGUUUCAGUGACCCCGGGGUCCUCCCCCGAGCGACGCCGGACGAGGCCGCCGACUUGGAGAGGCAGAUCGACUCAACUGGCUGCUCCAAGCCCCCCCCACGCACCAGAGAGGUCCUGGUCAAAGGUCAGGCGGUCAAGCUGAAGUACUGCUUCACCUGUAAGAUCUUCCGACCUCCUCGAGCGUCUCACUGCAGCCUCUGUGACAACUGUGUGGAGCGCUUCGACCACCACUGCCCCUGGGUGGGAAACUGUGUCGGACGGAGGAACUACCGUUUCUUCUACCUCUUCAUCCUCUCCCUCUCCUUCUUCACCAUCUUCAUCUUUGCCUUCGUCAUCACCCACAUCAUCCUCAGAUCGAACCAAACAGGUUUCCUGAGCGCGCUCAAAGACAGUCCAGCCAGUGUUCUGGAGGUGGUGGUUUGUUUCUUCUCUGUCUGGUCCAUCGUCGGCCUGUCAGGUUUCCACACCUACCUGAUCAGCUCCAACCAGACCACCAACGAGGACAUUAAAGGAACCUGGUCGACCAAGCGGGGGAAGGAGAACUACAAUCCCUACAGCUACGGCAACAUCCUGACAAACUGCUGCGCUGCUCUGUGUGGACCUCUGCCUCCAAGCUUGAUUGACAGGCGGGGGCUGAUCCGGGCAGACACACCACAGACCACCUCCCAGUCCACUGAGACCAGCGGGAGCAGCAACUCCUCCUCCCAGCUCCAUGGUCACAUGUGUGAUCAGGAUCAGUGCAUCCAGAGCACCAAGCUCGUCCUGCAGGCCGCGGCCACGCCGCUGCUCCUCAGCGAGCCGAUUGUUCUGGCCCCCCUCCCAGGGAAGACCACUACACUGGGUGGGCCCUGUCCCUACCUGGUGGCCCCCACGCAGCCAUCCCUGCCGUCCUGUGCAGGAGACGUCCUGACCCUGAGGGACGCUGCCGUUGACUCGCACUGCCACCAUCACCUCCACCUGCACCACCACCAUCAUCACCAUCACUUUGUCAGCCCGGAGGAGACGCCCUGCAGCACGCCUCAGGGCGCCCUGCCAUGCCCUGCCCACAUGCACCUUCAGGUGUUGUACGACCCCGUCACCCAGGACGCCCUGCACGAGGACUCGGUGAGAGGCCUGGUGAAGCUCAGCUCCGUCUGACAUGCUGCUGGGAUAAAUCAGGUCGGAGAAUCAAACUUCCGUAAACAUCACCUUUAAAUUCCUUCCUGGAGUUUUUAUUUGACUUAAAAAUGGCGAAUAAGAAAUCUUUCUUUUCACCUGUAAAUGACAGAACUUAAAUUUCAAACACAUAAAAGUUUCCUUCAGUUUGAGUUAAAAACCAGAAGCUGUUUUAUUAAAGGCUGUAAAGUUAAACUGUCUGAAAUCCAGAAACCAAGGAAUGUUGUUGCGGUUUUACUCACGUGCAGGAACACCUUUACCGUCUGACCAGAGUGUCAGGAAGGGAAACACCAUCUCUGUGCCGGAACCACAGGGCAUCCGCAGAGUUCCCUCCUUUCCUUCCCAAGUCUUUUGAACAGAAAUCCGAUUUCUGACUAGAACUCUUUUAGGUGAGCAGCUGGACUCGGAGCUGCAGCUGCUUCAGGACCAAAGCUGGACUUCAUCUUCCUGAUUGUUUAAACUCUCAUCCUUUGUCUCUCAGAUGAGUCCAUUUUCUGCUAAUAACACAAACUUUGAACCCAGAAUAAGCUACUUCAGUGCCAAACGGACGUCUGUCUCCAGCUGCAGUCGCACCAAAGCAACACUGCCACACAUUCAGCUGCUGUUUUAAUCUGAGGAUCUGAGCAAGAUCCUCUCAACUCCACACAGCUGAUAGUGAGAGGGUGUGUUUACGAUCCAGGUGUGAAUGAAAUCACUGAAAAAAAGCCCUUUCGGUGCUUUUAUUUUGAAGUUUACAUGUUUUAUUCUGUAAUUCUAAAUGGUUUUUAAUCUAAUAUUCGUGCAAUAAAAACUCACUGGAACCUCUUGGAGCUGAAAGAACAUGAACUUUUUUUAAUUGUAGAUUAAACUAAAAUAAAUCAAGUUAAUUCCCUUCAGCCUUUACACUUUAAAGGUUUUAUCUGCAGGUAGUUCCACAUUUAAAAAAUGCUGAUCUGAUUGGUCGUUGUAACUUUGUGUGUGAAAUGAAAAAAAAAUUGCCUUUAAUAAAGUUUUAUGUGCAGAAAACU